AUGGCUUCACCCUUGAUGUUGCUGAAUCUGUUUUUGGUUACGUUUUUAGUUCAACGAACUUUUGCUUCAAGCCAUGUCCAACCACGUAUACUGUACGGAGAGGAUGCGAAAAUAGAAAAUUAUCCCUUUUACGCCGGUCUGGCUAACUGCGGUGCAGCCAUUAUCUCCAGUACAUGGGUCUUGACCGCCGCACACUGCGUUGCAGAUAUUCGUACAAAAAGUGGCUACGUCUGGGUCGGUGGCGAAUCAUUCGCCAACAGCAUAAAGGUACCAUACAACAAAGUCAUCGUACAUGAAUAUUAUCAUACAGCACCGCUAAUAAUGAAUGAUGUAGCUGUGAUCGAGCUGGCUACUCCAUUGAAGUUCUCAAAGAAGAUUCAACCUAUCAAACUACCGACGAAACCAGUGGCAACGUCCAAAGUAGCUUUCGUUGGUAGAGGGAGAGACGAGACAGGCAAAGUAUCGGCAAAUUUGAAGAAGCUAGAUCUUAUUAAGCUGACAACAGAACAAUGUGUCAGCUUAUUGCCACCGCAAUACCAGUCUCUUGUGAAACCGAACAUCAAAGUAUUGGAGAUGAUGACAUUAUGUGCAAAGAGAGCAGAAGAUAAGCCGAGUAUUUGUAGAGGUGACUCUGGAAGUCCGUUGUUCAGUGGCAACAGGUUAGUUGGUCUCGCUUCGUACAUUGGAAGUGAACGGUGUUCAGAAUUACGUUUGGGAUUUUAUGUGAACGUAACUUCAUAUGUACCCUGGAUCAAGUCUGUUACUGGCCUUUAA